AUGCCUUAUCCCCGCCAUGACUUCGAUAUCCAGGUGAGCUGGGAGCCAAAGAAAGAGUCCCCCCUCGUCUGGAUCGACAAGAACAGCGACUUUUACAAAAAGACUGGUAUCUAUAUGUAUUCCGUCGAGCAAAACGACUAUGCCUACUGGUACACGUACGAAAUCAGAAUCCAUACCGAUGAUCCCUAUGCGUACACAUUCUACGACGAGGAGGGUGACAGUUACGACUUGACGGUCAACUUGCCCAAGUUUAGCGCGAGUACACACGAUGUCAACUAUAAUUCGAACAGGCCCAAGAUUGUCAGGGUUGUUGGAAAGGCUAUUUGA